AUGAAGUACUCAAUACAAGGAAGGUAUAUUCUAUACAAGGAUCAAUUAAUUAAUGGAUAUAUAUGCAUUGAGGAUGGAUUAAUCAAACACAUUUUAGAGUCUUAUGACGAAAUGAUAAUAUAAUAAUACCCUAUAAAAUAUGUCUACGAGAAUCAGAUUAUCAUGGCAGCAGCUAUUGAUACUAAUGUGUCUCUUAGUAUAUGGGAUCAUAUUGAAGACUUCACUAAAAUGGCUAUCAUAGGUGGAGUUUCCCUUAUUAUUAACAAACCCUUUGUUUUUGAUAUGGAGUUGAGUUCCUAGGAGACGUACACAAGUCAGAUUGAAUAAUUGAACUUAAAGUCUUAGACGGACUUUAUUCAAAUGGCCAAGUUGCAGAAUUAUUAGGAUAUAAAUGGUUUGUUGAAAUUGGGAGCAUUUUGUUUUGACUGUCAUUUAGUACCAUCAUAUUCAGGAACAUAUUGCAAAGACAAUGAGCAAAUUAUUUAAAUAAUUUAAAAUCUACCAAGUAAAUCAUGCUUGUUUAUCCACACUUAAAGUGCUUUAGAUAAAGAUUUGGGAAUAACAUCUCCAUUCAGAAGCAAGCCUUUUAAUGAGAGAUUGGUGACUUCGUAAUUAGAAUUGGUUGAUACAGAUGGAAUAUCUGGGUCAUGCACAAGUGAUGACGAAAGUAUAUAGAAUAAUGAUCUUGGAUUCCGAUCAUAGAUUGAUUAUUUAAAUGAGAGUAACUCUCCAAUAAAAGAAAUAGUUAAAAAAUAUAAAAAUUCAGAUGAAAACAGAGUAUCAUAUUUUGAUGAACAGAAUGACAUUCCUACCUCUCCAAAAUUACAAAGCAAUAUUUUUAAGUAUAAGUCUAAAUAAGUAACUGAAUAAUCAUAAUUAUCAUUAAUAAGUAGAGCUGAAUUAAUUACCUAUUAAAGAACUCCAAAAAUGGAAUAGAACUAUAAGUUUCCAAAUGAAGAAGAAUUAGAUAAUUAAUUGGAAUAGAAUAAAUCUGAUAAUAAUACAGUUAUUGAAAAUGUGUAAGUAAUAUAGGAGUAAGAAUCUCCUUUAAGUUUAAUAAAGGAUCAGCAAGAAUCCACAAGAAAGAACACUCCUUAAAUGUCUAUUUAAUCAUCUGAUCUAUCUUCCCCUGAUAGUUCUUCUUUGAAAUCCUUACAUAGGAUCAGAUCAAGAGCUCAAACUACUUAGGGUUUAUUGUAUAGAAGAUAAUCAAAGAAUGGAUUUUCAUUAGUUUUGCAUUAAGUUGAAAACAAAGAGAGCUAAUAAAUGCAUUUUAAUUUUUCAGAAUCGAGACCAAAAUAAAAUAAUAAUAAUAAUAGGUUCAAUCGGGAUUACUUAUGUUUUCUAGCAUUUAGACCAGCAACUUGGGAGAAACUAGCUAUCAAUAAAGUAAAGAAGGCACUCAGAUACUAAUCUAAAUGCAAUAUCAUAUUGAAUGGAUAUUCAUCCUCCUUUGCUUUGGUUGAAAUUAAGGAAAUGAUCAAUAAUCAAAUUUAUAGUGACAUAUCAUAUCCUUAUUUAUUGUUGGAUAGUGAAGACAUUUAGGAUGGUGUUACUAAAUACAAGUCGGAUCCUCCAAUUAGAUAGAAAUAUGAUAAAUAACUAUUAUAGAAAGCAGUACUGCAGAAUAAUUGGAUUAGUAGUAUUUCUAGUUCCCAUUUGUAUGUUAAUGAGACAUUCAAGUUUGUGGAGGCAGGAGAUUUUCGAAGAGCAGUUGGAGGCUUAUGUAGUUUGGGUUGCACUUAUUAAGCAUUGUGGACCUUAUUGUUUUGCAAGAAGAACCAAGAUCCAAAUUUCAUUAAACAGGUUUUCCAAAAGAAAGAUUUGAAUAAUAUAAGAUACAAAAGAAUGGUUGAGAAACUAGUUUAAUUAUAGCAAUUGGUGUCAUCUGGACCAGCCUAAUAUUUAAAUUUAUAAAAUCGAGGCAGUAUAGAUAUUGGUAAGGUUGCUGAUUUGGUGAUUUUCGAUCCCUUGAAAGCAUGGAAAUUCAACUUCGAUAGAAUUAACCAUCAAUUUGCAUUUUCAAUCGAUGAACAUAUUUUCAAGAAUAAAUUAUUUUUAGGAUCAGUUGAUUAUGUUUUUAUUUAAGGAUAAUUGAUUCUUAGUCAAAAUAAUUAAAUAAUCACUAUUUGUAAUCGGAAAGGAUAACAAAUUUUCAUAUGA